CACAAACACACAUGCACAUACACCACUCAAUGGAGAAGAUACGCCACAAAAUGGUGGCAGUGAAUGGAAUAAACAUGCACGUAGCAGAGCUUGGCACAGGCCCAACCAUCCUCUUCAUCCAUGGCUUCCCGGAGCUCUGGUAUACCUGGCGCCACCAGAUUCUCUAUCUUGCCUCCCAUGGCUACCAUGCUGUAGCACCUGAUCUCCGUGGCUAUGGUGACACAACUGGUGCUCCUACCUCCGACCCCACCAAGUUCACCAGCCUUCAUGUGGUUGGAGACCUGGUGGCGCUCAUCAACACCGUGGCUGCCCCAGGCGAAGAUAAGGUGUUUGUGGUCGGACAUGACUGGGGUGCAAUCAUUGCCUGGGCGUUGUGCCUUUAUCGGCCGGAUAAAGUCAAGGCCUUGGUGAAUAUGAGUGUUGCUUUCCAGCCAAGAGAUCCAAAUACCAAACCUAUUGAUGGAUAUCGAGAUCUUUAUGGAAACGAUUACUAUAUAGUUAGAUUUCAGGAAACUGGAGAAAUUGAAGGUGAAUUUGCGGUAUAUGGUACAGAGAGAGUAUUAAAUGCUUUCUUCAAUUAUCGCAAACCUGCCCCUCUUUUUCUACCCAAGGGUAAUGGUUUAGGAAUCUCACCUGAUGAUCCUAUAAUCGUGCCUUCAUGGAUGACCAAAGAAGAUCUUGAAUACUACACCGGAAAGUUUGAGAAAACUGGCUUCACUGGAGGUCUAAACUACUAUCGAGCUCUCGACUUGAACUGGGAGUUAACUGGCCCAUGGACCGAAGCCAAAGUGAGUGUACCUGUUAAGUUCAUCGUCGGUGACCUUGACCUGACUUACAACUCGGUUGGCGGUAAAGACUAUAUAGAAAGUGGAGAGUUCAAGAAAGAUGUUCCUCUUUUAGAAGAUGUAAUCAUACUGGAAGGUGUUGCUCAUUUUCUUCAUGAAGAAAAACCUGAGGAAAUUAACAAGCAUAUCCACCAAUUCUUCCAACAAUUCUCUAUCUAAAUACUACAACCGUUUAUGCUCAAUCACCGGGAAUAUAUUUAAG